AGUGACAUGAUUAUUUUCAUUGGGCAAUUUACAAUCAAUUCACAUACUGCUUAUUAACAUCCAACCUGUGGAAUUGCCAUUAUAAGAGAGAACUACUGACAGUUUGGUAGUCAUAUAUCAUAUAAUAUAGAUAAUAACAUUUUUAUAUAUGUUUAUUUGUAGUAAGAUUGCUACCUUACACUACAAGACCAUUGUAUGAUGCUAACCUUGGCUUUUCUCUUAUUGUAUAACUAACAUGUCCUAGCUAUCAGAACUAAAAUUGUAUUUCUUUUACAUCACCACUCACACUGCCCUUUGCACACAGUAUGAUGAAUAGGUCAAAACGACCUGCAAUUAAACACCAUCAUAUUAAGGCACAAGUAUGGACGCUUAGGGCUGUAUUACACAGAAUUGCACUCUACUUAAUGAACAACACAUGGAGUCGUCUGUUAUCUACGGGUUUAUGACUUAUGGAAUCCUCCAGUGUCAGCGCUAAACCCAUAAAGAUAAUGAAUAAAUAACUGAAUGACACGCUAAUGCUCCCUGAACUAUUUUUAUUAAUACAAAUUAUUAUAUUAGAGGAUGGUUAUCAGAGCAUCUGCUCAUCACCUCCCAUUUCUCUCUAUCUUGAAUAUUAAUGAUUUUAUAUUUAGGACAGAAAUGCCAAAGAGAGACCAAAGUGUAACCGACCACUUAUUAGGACCAGAGGUUUACUAGGGUGUGCUGUGAGUUGAGUCAGAGAGAUCGUUCUAAGUGCAGCCAGUCUCGACAGGAAGUUUUCAGACAUGCAGACCAGCAUGAAAACCAGGGCGAAGAAAGUGAUGAUGAAGAUGAAGAUCAAGAACGAUUUAGCCAGAGAGUGUCUGGGAGAGAUUAUUGGCACCUUUGUUCUCCUGCUGUUUGGAUGCUCUGGAGCAGCGCAGGUGAAGACUGGACGAGAUAUGAAGGGUCAGUUCCUGUCAGCCAACCUGAGCUUCGCUGUGGGGGUCAUGUCCGCCAUGUAUCUGUCGAUGGGAGUAUCAGGAGCUCAUCUGAACCCUGCCGUAUCUCUGAGUUUCUGCGUGUUGGGUAAUCUUCCAUGGCGUAAGCUUCUGCCCUACUCUCUGUCUCAGGUGCUGGGGGCGUACCUGGCCUCCGCAGUCGUCUUCUUCAUGUACUACGAUGCUAUAAUGGAGUACAGCGGUGGGGUUCUGACUGUGACUGGCCCUAACGAAACUGCUUCCAUUUUUGCCACCUACCCCUCUGAAGGAAUGUCCCUGCAGACCAACUUCUUUGACCAGGUGGUCGGCACUGCCACACUGCUGCUGUGUAUUCUGCCCCUGAACGAUAAGAGGAAUCGUCCGGCUCCUGAGGCUCUGCUCCCACCCAUCGUAGCAGCUGUUGUUCUGGGAAUAGCCAUGUCCAUGUCCUCCAAUUGUGGCGGAGCCAUAAACCCAGCCCGUGACCUAGGACCACGCCUCUUCACCUUUACAGCAGGCUGGGGCACUGAGGUCUUCACGAGCUUCAGUUACUUCUUCUGGGUGCCACUCGUUGCUCCUCUAGUAGGGGCAGUGUUGGGCUCUAUUUUCUACUUGGUCUUCAUCCAGUGGCACCUCCCAGAGCUGGAGAUAGAUGCUAAGAGCCAAACAGAGGUGAUGGAUUCUACAGUAGUGAAAUCUCUGGAGAAAAAAGACGACUUUAAGAUGAAAGUUGCGGCACUCUAGUGUAAACAUGGACAACGAACAAAGACUUUUUUUCACACAGCGUUUGGUUUAUGUUUUAAGCCAAGCUGACUUCAUGCUUCUACACCAACUUUUGAUGAAGUUCCUCCUAUUAUAGAAGCAGCUAGGAAGAAAACCUGGGUUUUAUUCUCAUUUUUUCUGUCUGACUAACUGGUAACUUAUUUUCUUAUGUUUUAAAAUAAUAAUUUACAAUGUAUGCAAUUUGCUUUAGUGUCGAGGCUUCCAAUGUUAAAAAAUAAUUUUAUAACAUAUACAUGUUUUGAGAUUUUAAGUCACACUUAGACAAUUUUUUAUAAAACCUGUAUUUUGUGAAUUUGUUAACAAGAUACCCGUGAAAUAUUGUGAAAUAUUAUACACUCUAUAUAAAUUAUAUAGUAUAAAGUGUUUUAGCCUAAUGUGAAUACUGAACUUGCUGAUAAAGAUAACACUGAGCACAUCCAUCCAUCCAUCAAUCCAUCCAUCCAUCCCUUUCUGGUCAGCGUUGCGGUGGGUCUGGUGCCUACCUGGAAUCACUGGUUGCAAAGAAGAAAACACCCCUGGGAAGCAUGCCAGUCCACUGUAGGAGCCUAAAACGAAAUAUAUAUCAAAUAAGUAUUAGUACUAUACAUCCAUCUACAUCAGAUUUCUGCUUCAUUAUUUUUGAGAUACUUUCUCAUUAUAUAGAAGUAUGUUCAAAUCGUAGUUCGUGCGUCAUUUUGCUUUUUCUGCAUAUCUGCAAAAACAGCAAAAGCAAGCCGCCUGGCCUUUUUUCACCUCUUGAGGCAAUAGUUGAUUGUACAGAAGCUAUGAAAAAUGUGUUAGCUUUUUUUUUUAUAAUUGCUGUGAAUAAACAUUUUGAAUAAGUA